AUGGAAGAGAACCAUAAACCCAAUUCCCAUGACCAUCUCAUAGGAAAAGACUCACCAGAAUCAUGGUCAGAUCUUCCUCUAGAUCUCUUGAAUUCUAUCUUCGAACGUCUCAGCUUUGUUAAUUUCCAACGAGCUAAAACCGUAUGUUCGUCUUGGCACGCCUCUUCGAGACAAUGCGUCCACAUCCCCAAAAGUCAGAUCCAUUGGUUGAUUCUCUUCCCUGAAGACAACGAAAACAACAAUAACAAUUAUCCAUGCACGUUGUUCAAUCCAGAGGAACGAGACAAACUUUACAAAACACAAGAUCUUGGUCUCGAAUUUGCAAAGAGUCUUUGUAUAGCAACCUAUGGAAGCUGGCUCUUGAUGCAAACCCCUCUACCUAAUCUCUACGUUGUGAAUCUCUUUACCCGCGAGAGAAUCAAUCUACCUUCUGUGGAGUCACAGCUUGGAACGGCAAAGGUGGAGCGAACCCUAGAUGGUAAUGAGUUACGUACUACAAGUCCCCACGGAAUGGUGUAUAGAGGUGUUUUUAUACGAACCCCUGUGUUUUGGAUAGAUGAGAGAACCAAAGAUUAUCUUGUUAUAUGGGGACUUCGAGACGUGUGUGUAGUUUAUUCAAAGAAGAGAGAUACGGCCUGGACUCAACUUCCCAAAACAUCAGGCUGUCUUGACGUGGUUUACAAGGAAUCCAAGCUUUACUUCUUAAGCAUGUCUAGUUACUUCUUAAUAUUCGAUUUCUCUGGAGAGACGCCACAACAAAUCUUUCAGUGUGGGGUUAUUGUGGAAAGACAGCGGUUAGGUCUUUUUGUUCCGACAAAACUAGUAGUCACGGUAACAGGAGAAGUCUUCAAGGCUGAAAAAUGGUGGAGGUCUAGGUCUGGAACCUGGUCCUUUCGUGUUAUCAAGAUUUGUUCACCAGAUGGAUCUGGAUUCCUGAGGAAUCAACAACUGAUUACUUCUUUGGGCGAAGAGUCAAUGCUUUUGGAUCAAGGUAUCACUAUUCACAGAAAUGACGGAUUCAUUAGAGAUUGCGAAGAGUCAAUACACUUACAGUUUCUAUCUUUGCUUUUAAUCUCAAGACAAAGAAGACAGAGCCGCUGCACAACUUUGAUUGUUCUUUAG